AUGGCAAACUACUUUGCGCAGGAUGAUGUCCCGAUGGUCAGUCGAAUCCACUUCAUUAAGUCAUUAUUGACAGCAUUCAAAAUUGUACCCAGUCAACGAUGGAUCCUUGAUUCUGCUAAGCAGUUUCUGCGGCUUCAGGUGGAAAGCGCCUACCAACAGAGCGUUAUCAUGAGACUCAAUGGUGAUGUCGAGGGCUCCGAGCGUGUAAUAAAGUUAUUCACGAUAGGUUUGAAUAUUGGGCCUAGCGCGCACGCAGAGAUUGCGGGCCUUCCGGGGAAGCAGGAGCACCUUCUCAGGGACCAUAUCCUUUGUGUUGGCCGCAUCAUGCGCGGGAAGGGACGAUUUGAAGAAUCGAAGAUCUGCUUCCAAACUUGCUCUAGGCCUCCUUGGCUGCCCAAAUACAAACGUUACCUCGUUCAAUCGUCUCUCGCCGAUCUUUACUGCGAGCUUGCCUACUUAACCGACCGGACCGCCUAUCUUUUCGAGGCAGAGGAGAUGGUGGAACCGCAACUUAAAACGGCCAAAACCACUAUCCGGAUCAGACAGGGCUGUAGCGAGGAUGCCGCGCUUCUGGUCCGAGAGCUGCUAGCCGUAUAUGGCAACCUACGGCAACUGAACAUAGUGGAUCGGCUUGGGCACGUCAGGGUGCUCAUCGCGCUUGCGCGUCUCUCCCGAGGACCAGAAGAAGCACGGAAACGAUGGGAAGAUGUCUUGACGUGGAAUAGAUACUAUAAUCCCUCAGAGGAAGAAGUUUUUACCUGCGGUGUGGUGUAUCUUUUCCUCUGUGCCGCAUGGUACAAGCUUGGAGACACUGCCAAGAGCGUGGAAAGCUUUCAGAAUGCAAUGCAGGUACUUAGGAGAAAACGGGUUCAAUUUCUGAUUCCGGGCGUUGGCACUUAUCUAUUCCGUGAUGCAUGUGAUCAGAUACAAUCUUCAAUGCGGUGGUCGGAAGAUCCGACGAUGAGCAAGGGGCUACAACCGUUUUACUAA